UACGACAGUUUUGGGGCGUAUGUUAUUGAAUCAUUUGGCUAUGUGGCGAAUUAUAUUUGCUACUUUGUGUUCGCGCUUCAGUCAUGUAAUCACGUUGGCCUCGCUUUGUCGCCCGCCUAUGUCCCCACUUUGAACGCUUUCUGUAAUGCUUCGCGGCUCGGCUGACGAGACUCUGCAUGUUUGCUUUUCCCUGUCGUUGUUACGCGACGUAGCUACCGUACCACUCGCUGUAUCUCAGGUGUAGACGAUCGGGGUGGCCAGGGUCCUACACGCGUCCGCCAUUCUGCCGCAGAACGCGCCCGACGCGUCUUUCUUAUGCCAUGCUCAACCUCGCCAAUCUCCGUAACCUCCUCUCUCAAGUGCUUGCCUUACCUCACCUCCACACAGCAAUCCUCUUUACUCCUCAAGGACACCUCGUCUCCUACGCGGCGGGUGAGGAUGAGCCGAAGGAUCGCGUUCGUGUGAUCGUCGGGUUAGGAGGGGAGAUUUGGCGGGAGACGCAGGAGCAGGGGAUUGGAUAUGUUGAUAGCGAGCUUGGCCGACUGCUAGUCAUGUCUGUCGAUCCGCAGAAUGGUGGCGAGGAAAAUGCCGAUCCUGUCCUCCUUCUCGCUCUCAACGCGGACGAUGCUAUAUCAUGGAAUGAGUUGGAGAUGAAGGCGAGGGAGCUGGCAAAAUACCUCGAACAGCCAGUCUCCAGCAUGCGCGACCGGCUGGCCGCAUCUCCAUCUGUGGCGCCGCGCCCCGAACGUGCGCCCCGAUGA